UUUAUGAUCUUAAGCCUUCGAUUUUCGCGAUCACUGUUUGGAUUAGGGUUUCUUCAACCAACAACAAUGGCGUCGACUUCCAAGAAGAUUAUAGUGAAGAGCUCCGACGGAGAGACUUUCGAGGUGGACGAAGCGGUGGCGCUUAAAUUGCAACCUAUCAAGUGCAUGAUCGAAGAUGACUGCGCCGACGGCGAAAUCCCUAUCCCCAUCGUCACCGGUAAGAUCUUAGCCAAGGUCCUCGAGUAUUGCAACAAGCACGUCGAUGUUAAGUAUGGUGUGAUGAAUACUGAAUUUGAAGAUUGGGAAGCUGAUUUCGUCAAAGUUGACCAGAACACCCUCUUUGAUCUCAUAUUGGCGGCUAACUUUUUGGAAAUAAAGAGCUUGUUGGAUUUGACGUGCAAAACGGUGGCGAACAUGAUGAAGGGAAAGUCGCCGGUGGAAAUUCGGAAAACCUUCAACAUAAAGAACGAUUUCACCCCUGAAGAAGAAGAAGAGAUAAGGAGGGAGAACGCCUGGGCUUUCGAUUAGGGAUUGCAUGCAUUCAAAUCAAAGUGUCGAUAUUACGAUAGGAUUGUCGAUCUUUUUUUUCUUUUUUGGGGGCCGGCGGCGGUGUUUUUCCAGUAGGUUAUGAAGUUUAGGGAAAAUCCAGUUAAAUUAUUGGUUUUUAUUUUAUUUUUAUUUUCGUUAUAUUUUCAGGGUUUAGUAUUUUCUGGAUUAGAGUAUUUUUUUCUUCAAUUUAAUGCUUGUAUUAUUAUCGUGAGUGUGACAUUGGUUAAUGUAUUUUUUUUAUAUACAAACACAAA